CCCUGCCGAUCCAACCCCGUCCCCGGCCCGCCCCUCGCCGCCGCCCGCCAUCCUGAGCGCCGGCCGCUCGGCGCUCGAUUGCGGCGGCUGCUCCCGGGGCGGCGCGGCUCGGCGGUGGAUUGCUGGGGGCUGCGCGGCGGGCGCAAGAUGGCGGCGGCGCUGGGCCGGGGGCUGGACAUCAGCCUGGCGGCGCUGCGGCAGCACGACCCCUACAUCAGCGGCAUCGUGGACGUGGCCAGCCAGGUGGCGCUCUACACCUUCGGCCACCGCGCCAGCCAGUGGGAGAAGACAGAUGUGGAGGGAACGCUGUUUGUUUACACCAGAUCAGCUUCUCCGAGGCAUGGUUUCACAAUCAUGAACAGACUGAGCAUGGAAAACCGAACGGAACCCAUUACUAAAGACCUCGAUUUCCAGCUCCAGGACCCUUUUCUGCUCUACAGAAAUGCCAGGUUGUCCAUAUACGGGAUUUGGUUUUAUGAUAAGGAAGAAUGCCAAAGAAUUGCAGAGCUCAUGAAAAACCUAACUCAGCAGGAACAAUUCAAAGCACAGCAGGGCACAGGAACAGGGGUGUCCCCCAUGAUCAUGAAUUCUGCUAAUAACAAAGAAGUGGAUAUCUUAAGGAUGCUUACCAAGGCCAAAGAUGAGUACACCAAGUGUAAGACCUGCUCAGAGCCAAAACAAAUAACCAGUUCCUCUGCAAUCUAUAACAAUCCCAACCUAAUCAAACCCAUUCCAGUGAAGCCGAGUGAGAAUCAGCAGCAGCGAAUCUCCCAGCAGAGCAAGAACGCGGAUGCUGAGCCCCAGCACUUAUCUCUGACAGCGCUGUUUGGCAAACAGGACAAGGCGGAAGGCUCAGAAGCACUCGGUAAGCAGCACCAGGAGAGCCUCCCCGUCCGGCAGGGUGUGGUGCGCUCGCUGUCCUACGAGGAGCCCGGCAGGCACUCCCCCGGCGCCGAGAAGCAGCUGUGCCCCGCCAUCCAGAAGCUGAUGGUGCGGGGCACGGAGCUCCAGCCGCUCGCCGAGUUCCCCGAGAGCCGCCUCUGUGAAAAUGGCAGCGUCCCCGCCGUGGGGGAGACUUUCACGGGCCUCUUCCAGCCCGUGGCUUCCCACGGCAUCGCCGCGCCUCACGGAGCUCAGGACGCUGCUGGCACCCAGAGCCUGCUGCAGAAGCUGCAAAGUCAGCCUGGGUCGGUGGCUAAAAUGGAGCCCAGUGCCACAGGACCUGUGAACUCGACAGCCUCCGUGUUCAGCAGGACUGCUGCUCCUGUUGGAGCCCCGGCAGCGCCGGUAAAUAACAUGAGCCAGCCCCCUCUGGUGUAUUUCAAUGGGUCCCUACCAGGCCAGACUUUAGAGGCUCAGACACUUGGUAAAGAGCAAUCCAAACUUCCCAGACAGCCGCUUCCUCUCUCUGGCAAUCAAGCAGCCAAUUCUGGGGUGAUUUCACCUCAAGAAUUAUUGAAAAAACUCCAGAUAGUGCAACAAGAACAGCAGCUCCACGUGUCCAGCAGACCAACGUUGGCAGCUAAGUUCCCAGUUGUCACCCAGAACACCAACACCCUGAAACCACUGGAUUCCUGGAUAGAAAAAGCUCCAGGCACAGAAAAACAGAGCACUCUCUUCCAGGUCAUCUCCCCUCAGCGCAUUCCUGCCACUGUGAGCCCCACCCUGCUGAUGUCCCCCAUGGUGUUCACCCAGCCCACGCCUGCUCCACCCAAAGCUGCUGAGAGCGGGCGCUUGGCAGCGGCAAACCCCGAGCCCGCUGCCGGCUCUGCCAGCCUGCUCCUGCCCCUGCCAGCCCCGGAGGCGGCCGUGGCCAGCAGCACCUCCAUCACCAAGCUGCAGCUGCAGGAAACGCUUCUACACCUCAUCCAGAAUGAUGACAACUUCCUGAACAUUAUUUAUGAGGCAUAUCUCUUCAGUGUGAGGAAGGCGGCGAUGAAGAAGCCUUUGUGAAAGAUCAUCUCUUCAAUCAAUUUCCACAGCUUCCUGAACUCCAGGAAGAAGAUGUUGACAUUUUCAAGUAUGAUUAUAUUUGAAGAAAUGAAUGGUCUUAGGCAUUUUGCAUACGCUUAGAUUUUUUCCUUGUUGGCAAAUACGUGCUGUACUGAGAAAAAAAGCGAGCAGAAAUGGAUUGUGCCUUUAGCGAGGGGAGCGUCACAACGCUGAAGAAUUCACCACAAAAUAGCUUAAAUUAUUUUCCUUACCCUGGUCCAUACUUACGAGUUGGUUUCCCGGCAUAAGGACUCAGUUCUCAGGAUCCAGUUUCCUUUUCCACUUGCAGCGUGGUCGCUCAUUGCCGAGGUGUUCGUCCCUGCUUUUCCCUGAGCCGUCCUGCGCAGCUGUCCCGGGGAGCGCGCCCGUCCCUGACCACAUGGUGGCAAUGUUGGACUAUUUUUAGGAACAUCAAAAUCCGGCUGAAAUCUUGGAAAAAAGAGCUUUUCGGGAAGACUGAUCACCCUACUUAGCUGUCUGCAAAGCAAUUUAGAUGAAGUGUCAUGACUUCCCCCAAAAUUUUUGUAGGAAAAUCUUUUUCUAUUUUGACAAGAAUAUUUUUAGCUAGAUGUAGAAGUGGGAUUCCGCAGGUGUUGGAGGAAUUGGGGGGGUGAGGGGGGUGGGUUUGUGAAUGUACUUGGCUGUCACAGAACUCUGGGGUGACACUGGAUUCAUCUUUCUAUUAUCCCAGAUCCAGUCUGCAUAAUUAUAAGCAAUGUGAAAAUUUGUUAAAGGAAAUGCUACCUGGUGUAAUUUUUUUAAGUGUGUUCCUGGAGCACAGUGAUUUCAUUGAUCCAUUUCUAAAGAAAAUAAAAAUGGAUAAUCCCUCCUA